GCGUGGGUGAUAUGAUUUCUAAAGUUGUGACAGAUAUUAUAGAAAUCAGCUGAAGUUUAAAAUGUCAAAUAUUUAAAAUGAAAAAUAUCAACCCGUUUAUAAUAUUUUCUUUAUUAUUAGCUUUCGCUUAUAUUUUAGGCCUAUUAAAAUUUUUAACCGAAUAUGAAGAAGAUAAGUGUGAAAUGACUUAUAUGUUCGAAUAUCCUCAAUAUGUCAAAAUUUCAAAUAAAGCCGAUAGUGAAUUUAAAAAAUAUGGUUUGUAUGCCUAUAGCGAAGGUCGGCUUACGGAAAAAGCACGUAAUAUGUACUUUGAUGGUAUUCCCGUGCUUUUUAUACCGGGAAAUGCAGGAUCUCAUAAACAAGUUAGGUCUUUAUCUUCUAUUGCUUUAAGAAAAUGGUUAAAUUCAAAAACUUCUUUCCAUUUUGAUUAUUUCACUGUGGAUUUGAAUGAAGAAUAUAGUGGUUUGUAUGGUCCUUUACUUUUUGAUCAAUUACAAUAUAUAAAAGCUUCGUUACUUCGAAUUUUGGAAUUAUAUGGAAACCAACAACAUCCACCUGAAACAGUUGUUGUAAUUGGACAUUCUAUGGGUGGAAUUAUUGCUAUGAGGUUAAUAUCCGAAUUACAACAUUCAGGAUUGAUACCAAUUCUUAUAACUUUAGCUUCCCCUUUAAAUAGACCUCUACUGAAUUUGGAUUUUCAUAUGAAUCAAUUUUAUGACGACGCAUUUGAGAAUUUGGAAAAUACGACUGUAAUUAGUGUCUCUGGAGGAUAUCUAGAUCUAAUAGUCAAUCCGUUUAUGACUCAAAAGAAAAAUGAUGGAAUUUUGCAAUUAACUACUACAAAUAUUCCGAUAUCUUGGACUGGAAGUAACCACGUUCAAAUUUUAUGGUGCAAACAGGUAGUUAUGGCUCUAAAUAGGGCUCUAUUUGAUAGUGUUGAUAGAGAAACUCAUCAAAUAUCGAAGAAUGUUACUUUUAGAAAUAUGGUCUUCAAACAUCAUCUUGUUCAGCAUAGCGGUACUAAAAUUAGAAACCGAGAAAACUAUUCAAAGUUGGUUCAGAUGAAUCCGAAAGGACGUUGGAUGGAAAGCAUAAGAAGAGGAUACAGUCUAGAACAUUCUAACGGUGUCGGUGAACCGUAUUCCUACAUGAUAGCGUUAUCUGAUGUCACCGGUUACGAAAUAUUGAACAUUUUGGCCGUUAAUUCGGAAGUUACCGAUUGGGUGUUUGUUUGCAACGCGUAUUUUUUCAAAGAAUCCAGUCGUAUAUGCAAAGAAGGGUUUCAUUUGAGUCAUUUAUCCGAAAUAGCCCCGUCAACUAAAUUAAAAAGAAGAUUUUUUCGUAUAAAUAUGUCGAAAUUGAAGAAAUACCGUAAAGAUUUAACUCAUAUUGUUUUUAAAGCUCUACCUACCGAUGAACCGGUAUACUAUCAUGUGGAUAUUCACAGUUCGGAUCAAAGAUCCAUCACCGUUAAUCUACCCAAUUGGUUUUCGUUAACCAAUCGAGUUAUAUUAGAAAGGACUGCGGAGAAAGCGAUUUAUUACGAAUUGUCUUUACCGCAUCUUAGUAAAAUUAUGCAGUUUUAUAAAUUAAUCGUGGAACCGUUGGAAUGUUCUAAAAGUGAACAUCACGCAUCUGUCACUUUGACAGUUCCGUGGAGUAACGAAAAUUACAAUAGUUUCAUUACAAAUACCAUGAAAAAACCGGUUAACAUCAGGCUUCAUAGCUCGAAACCUAGUGUAGAAAAUCAAACAGCAGUAAUAAAAUUAAUUUUGGAUCCAUCCUGUACUUAUAAAAUAAGUAUACAGUCUUCUCCGUUAGGUGUAUUAGGACAACUAGCUAGGACACAUUCACCUUUAUUGAUAUCCCAAAUAGCCGCCGUAUCACUGAUAACCCUUAGAUAUCAAUUAAUAAAUUUAGAGAAAGGACAUUGUUCGAUAUUAUUCGUAGCCAUUCAAGAGGGUGCCAAACCUUAUUACGCCAUGUUCGGAUUCGUCAUAUCACUUAUAUUAAGUUCCAGAUAUCUACCAGAUUUUAUACUUAAACCGGACUAUCAAACAUUAGAAAACGACGGCUUAGAUUUCAUAUUGAUGCCUUUGGUAUUAUUCGUUUGCGGUAUCGGACUCUUUUGGAUAUUGGUUGCAGUAUUCAGCGUUUCUCUUAUCGCUAUGGAAUCGACAGUGCACAAAAUAUUUCUAAAGUUACUUGCUCGAACAGUUAGCUUCAAUGUGGUUUGGUCGAACUACUUGAUGAGUUAUUUACACAAAAUACCAGUAAUUGUAGCUCUCACUUUAAUAUCUUUAUCGUUAACCACUUGCGGGGGAUUAGCCCUCUGUUUAGGAACCGUAUUUUACUUCUUAAGGUUAACACAAAUGUCUCAAAAUUUCGUAGAAGAAGUAGUUUGGUACAUAACCAAAAAAUUUAUCAAGAAAUGCAAACGGUACUUCAGUAAGAGUCCAUCUUCAAAAGAAAUUAUGUCAGUUACUACUGAUGAAUCUAAACAAAUGGAAAAUACACAAAAGGAAAUGGAAAAACCACAAAAGGAUCAAGAUUUAACUCCAAAUAAGGAUCUAGUAGAUGAACAAACGGAAACUAACACAACCCUUGGUAUUCAAGUUGGCACUGAAUCGGAAAAAUAUGAAGAUGAAAAUAUUGAGCACGAAACUGUGGAUGGAUCAAUCAAUUCAAAUAACACUGAGGAUGGUAGUGGAGAAAAAAAUAUUGAUCCACUGUUACAAUCAACCGAUACCAAAAUUGUAGAAACUACUAAUGAUAUAUCGGCUGAAGGUGAUGAUGAGAAGAUUGGAGCAGAUCCGAAACCUUUAAAGGAAAAUUCCGAACUUUCCACCGCUUACCACGCGAUUUAUUUCCAUUCGAGUUUGUUCUUUUUGUGGUGUAUAGUGACUGCUAUUAAUCUACCAGCUGUUUUGACAUGGGCACAUAAUUUCAAGUAUAGUUCAGUACUGGAAACUGAUGAUUCCUUUAUACCAGGGCUGGCUCUUAGUAUCUCUGCGCUGAUGUUAUGGCAGUGUGACUUGCCCAGGACUAACAGAAAAUAUACGGAGCAGCUAGAAAAAUUCUUAUUAAUCAUGACGUUAUGUACAUUGGUAUUUUCUACAAUAUCAAUAUACAGAUUGAAUUACAUACUUACUCUAACCAUAAUUGUCGUAACUUUACAUCAAUUACUUGCCCCCGAAACUGAAGUAUUACAAAUCGAAGACGAUUCUGAAGAAAGAACGCGUUUUUCAGAAAUCAAAACCAAAAUUGAAUAAUACUCUCGUAAAUAGAAUUAAAAUGUUAUCAUUUUAACCAUAGAUUUCUUUUUUUGAUUAUUAAUUUUGUUCAAACCUCGUGUUAGGUAAAAAUGAAUUGUUACACAAAUAAAUAGUAUUUUAUUUAGA